AGUUUGUUUUCUGGCUAUCAGAACAAUUAUUAAAUAUUGAACGAAUUGUAACUGCAUCCAGUUCUGUGGAUACAAGGCUUUUGGCGUUACAUACUUCGACAUAAAAAUGGCAGAUGGAAAAAGCAGAGAUGUAUGAUAGACAUUCAUGUGCAGCUGUGGUACAUGAAGCGCGAAGGUGAUAAAUCAGUCGAAAAAAUUCAAAAAAGUAAUUGCAUUAUUCACACAGGAGUUAACUAUGAGUAAAGUAAGCUGGGAGGAAGCAACAGAGGAAGAAUUAAAGUUGGCGGAGAAGUUGAAGAGUGUGGAAAUAAAGAAAGAGCCGCCUGCCAGUAAUGUGUCCCCUGCCACAGAGAGGAGCGGCGAUUCAAAAUCGCCAGCACCUGACGCUCCUAACGACGAGGGAGACGAGCAGAUAACACCUGCCGAGCGCUCCUUGCUGCAGAAGAUCAUACGGAGGGGGCUCGUUGAAAAUAAGAAUGACAUCGAGAUUCAGAGAAAGGAUCCGUCGUCGCCUCUCUUCUCCAUCAAAUCUUUUGAAGCCCUUCACCUCAAGCCAAACCUUCUGAAGGGUGUGUACGCAAUGGGCUUCAAUGCUCCUUCCAGAAUACAAGAGGCUGCCCUGCCGAUCCUGCUUGCAGAACCCCCCCAGAACAUGAUCGCACAGUCGCAGUCCGGUACGGGGAAGACGGCGGCAUUCGUCUUGGCGAUGUUGAGCAGGGUGGACCCUUCCAAGAACUACCCUCAGGUGCUGUGCCUUUCUCCAACGUAUGAACUGGCAAUCCAGACAGGUGAGGUGGCUGUGAAGAUGGCGCAGUACUGUCCGGAGAUAAAGUUGCGCUAUGCUGUCCGUGGCGAGGAAGUUCCCAGGGGCACCAAAAUCACGGAGCACAUAAUCAUCGGGACACCUGGCAAAGUGCUGGACUGGGGGGUGAAGUUCAAAUUCUUCGACCUGGGCCUCAUUUCGGUGUUCGUGUUGGACGAGGCGGACAUCAUGAUCGCCACCCAGGGCCACCAGGACCAGAGCUUCCGGAUACACAAGAUGCUGAAGCGGUCGUGCCAGAUGAUGUUCUUCUCGGCGACGUACGAGCAGGACGUGAUGACAUUCGCAGAGGCGAUUGUGCGUAACCCGGUGAUCAUCCGGCUGAAGCGCGAGGAGGAGAGCCUGGACAACAUCAAGCAGUACUACGUCAACUGCCGCAAUGCCGAGGAGAAGUACCGUGCCAUCAGCAACAUCUACGGUGUCGUCACUAUCGGACAGGCCAUCAUUUUCUGCCAGACGAGGAAGAUCGCGUCGUGGCUGUCUGAGAAGAUGUCCAGAGAUGGGCACGCAGUGGCACUGCUGACAGGAGAGCUGACGGUAGAGCAGAGGAUUGCGGUUCUCGACCGCUUUCGGGAAGGCAUCGAAAAGGUGCUAAUCACCACCAACGUGCUCGCCAGGGGUAUCGACGUCGAGCAGGUGACGAUUGUGGUGAACUUCGAUCUGCCAGUGCUGGUGAACCGGCGGGCGGAUUGCGAGACGUACCUCCACAGGAUCGGCCGGACAGGUCGCUUCGGCAAGGCUGGCAUCGCUAUCAACCUGGUUGACGGACAGGAGGCGAUGGGGUUGCUGCGGCAGAUAGAGGAGCACUUCGGCAAGAAGAUAGCACUGCUCGACGCAGAGGAUGUCGACGAGAUUGAGAAGCUAGGCCAGUGAGCAGUCACCACGUGUGCUGCGCAAUGACUGACUCUUUACGAGCCUGGUGUGGCAUUACGUGGCCAGUUCUGGGUGAUUUGAACGUGCAAAAGUUACUUAUUUUUAAUUUUGGAAUACAGUGAAUUGAAGCAGAACAGUGUGUUUUGUGUCAGUGACGUUUACGUAUCAGUGAUGUUUAUAUGCUCCUCUGUCCCCUCUACCUUCCUAUGUUCUCCUGCUCCACCCACCGUAAUGCCUUCCUCUUUAUUCUGGACUCGUGUGAACAAUUCGUUCUAUGGAUUGUUGCUUCACAGCUCUCACCAUUCAGCUUGUAAUGAGUAGUAAAGAUAUGAUGUAUGUAAAUAAAGCUAUUUGCAUAA